AUGAAACAUCUAAAUCACGCACUCAAUCAGCAAGAGGAUGAAACGCAGCACACGACGAGGAUGGGAUUCGAACCCACGCGUGCAGAGCACAAUGGAUUAGCAGUCCAUCGCCUUAACCACUCGGCCACCUCGUCUCUGGUCGGGCUGGGAUAUCGGUCUCAAACGCAGCGGACCAGCCACCAUUCGGCCGCAAGACCAUUUGACGGAAAGCCUCCUUUAUUUGCUCUAGAUACCGGAUCGAAAACCCAGAUUCUAGGUCGUAUUUCCAGCCUGGCAAAAAAAAACCUCUAG